GCAGUUGAACAGGUUCUUGUUCCAAGGAAUAGAAAGAAUAAGAAGGUAGUUUGAUCACAUCACAAUAGUUUGAUCACAGAACACUAGUACAUUUAUCAGACAAAGCUGCAGUGCCUCAAUAGCACUGAUUCAACCAGGAAUGAAGGUGACUCAACUAGACUGUCUGUGUGUGAUUCUUCUACAUCUCCUACACACAGCAGGCUCUGAGAGGUUUGAGGUUCUAGGUCCAACUGAUGUCAUUGCUGCUGUGGCUGGUGAUGACAUCAUUCUGCCCUGUUACCUCAAACCCAACAUCAGUGCUGAGGACAUAACAGUGGACUGGCUGAACCUUGACUUCUUAGACGGUCGUGUCUAUCGCUACCAAAACAGCGAAAUCAUACGAGAGGAUCAGAUUCUCUUCUAUAGAGGAAGAACGUCACUGUUUAAAGAGGAACUGUGGAGGGGAAACACCUCUUUAAAACUGACCAGGGUACAAGGCACUGAUGAGGGACGUUACAAAUGCUUUAUUAAGGCAAAGAGCUGGUAUGAUGAUUUCACUAUUGAAGUCCUCGUUAAAGCUGUAGGAUCCAAGCCAGUGGUGUCCAUUGAGGGACACAGAGAGGGAGGGAUGGGUCUGCUGUGUGAAACAGAAGGCUGGCACCCUGAGCCUGAGCUGCUGUGGCUGGAAAGUAAAGGAGACCGUCUCUCUGCUGGUCCUCCUGAGAUACAUAGAGACUUAAAAGGAUUCUACACAGUGAAACAACAUGUCAUUGUCCAGGAGACUGACACCAACCGCUUUACCUGCAGAGUCCAACAGAGCCGGAUCAAUGAGAAGAUGGAGACAGAGGUUCACCUCCCUAGUGAGUUAUUUGAUUACGCAACCCCAUUGAGAAUGGCCUUCAUUGUGUUAUGCUGUCUGGGAGCCAUCACUGUGAUUGGUUUAUCUCUGGCUAUGUACUGCAUAUGCAUUAAGAAAGGUGUGAUAAUAGAUCAACUCAAACUGCAGCGGGAUGACCAAUCAAAGCAGGGGGAGGUCCUCAGGAAGGAGAGAGAUGACCUCAAGAAGGAGAGAGUUGACCUCUGGGCACAGAAUAGUAAGUACUGUCUUCAGAUCAUCACUUUACUAACAUCACUAGAACGACAAAAGUACAAUUUUCUUUAAUUUAACACUGAUGGAUCACUGAUGGACCAGUCACAUUUAAUGACUGAAAUUAAGAAGUGGUGGUAGGGUAGAGUAUCUUUAUUGUAGAUGUUGUCUCACAGAGGUACGCUGGAUUUGUUUAGGUGCGUGGAACUCAAUUAGGAUUUGUGAUAUGAGACAAGGAGUCCCAGAUCAUCACUUUGAAAGAAUAAUGUGAACCAUUUUAUACAGGCAAUUCCUAAUCCAAUUCAAAACUUACCAUGAGGCCACAGGUUUGCGAUUCCGACGUCAGACACGCUUUCAAAGUAACCACAAAACAGGGAAUCCAAAGCUCCGAUCGUGUAACAACAAACAAAUGUUAUAACUUGGUGAAGGGCCUUCAACCUGUGGUGGUCUGAGUUCUCACCUGUACUUGCCUAACCAGCCCUCUGGAGUCUGGGUGGUUUGUGUGACUUGCCCCCAUAAGCCACAAGUUUAGUAUUUAGGCAACGGCUUCUCUUCCUGGGGUCCAAACAGUAAACAAAACAAUAAAAUAAAUACUAUAACACUACACAAUACAAUACAAAAUAUAUAAAAAAGUCUGUCUCUUCACAGUCCCCGUUGUGCCGUAAGGUUUUCUUUUAUUUGUUUUUAGUGCUUACUUGAGUUACCUGACGUGGCAGAGUUCCAUGUAGUCCAGUUCUGGACCUGGGGACUGUGAAGAGACCUCUUGCUGCAUGUCUUGUGUGGUAGCGAUGAGUGUCAUAACUGUGUGCCAACUGCUUGAACAGACAGUUUGGAACCUUUAACCCAUCAACACCUCGCACAAAGACCAGAGUCAUCCCCAGAGACAAAGUUUCUACUCUUUCUUGUCAAUGUUUGUCUCUUGCAACUCAGUAAGAUUAUCUUUGGUCCACUUCUUCCAGAUCAAGUCUGACAUAUGCUGAGGUUACAAAACAUUAGGAACACCUUCCUAAUAUUGAGUUGCAACCCUUUUUGCCCUUAGAACAACCUCAAUUUGUCAGGGCAUGGACUCUACAAGGUGUCAAAAGCGUUCCACAGGGAUGCUGGCCCAUGUUGACUCCAAUGCUUUCUACAGUUGUGUCAAGUGGGCUGGAUCUCCUUUGGGCGGUGGACCAUUCUUGAUACACACGGGAAACUUUUGAGAAAUCAACACAACUCAUCUGACGUCAAAAUCUAUAGACCUUUAUCCCUUUAUUUUCUUUCCAAAACAAUUGAGUGUGCCGACUCUGAACAACUUUCUCGUUAGCUCUCUCAGAACGACUUGACCUUAACCAGUCAGGCUUCAAGACUGGUGACUCAACUGAGACUGCUAUUCUCUGUGUCACGGAGGCUCUCCGCACUGCCAAAGUGGACAAUCUCUCCUCUGUUAUCAUCCUCCUAGAUCUAUCCACUGCCUUCGACACCGGGAACCAUCAGUAGAGAGCAUCUGGGUCUGCACCACGUUCUCUCACUAUUGGUGUCCCCCAGGGCUCUGUUCUAGUUCCUCUUCUCUCUAUACACCAUGUCACUUGGCUCCAUCAUACCCUCACUCCUCUCAUCACGGUUGACAACGUCAGUGUCGCCCUCCCAGAGUGCAAAGAACCUAAACGUGAUCCUGGACAACAGUCGUUCUCUGCAAACAUCAAAGCAGUGACUUGCUGCUGCAGGUUCAUGCUCUACAACAUCCGUACGACCCUACUUCACACAGGAAGCGCCACUGGUUCUAAUCUAGGCACUUGUCAUCUCCCUGGACUACUACAACUCACUGUUGGCUGGGCUCUCUGCUCUUGCCAUCAAACCCCUGUAACUAAACCAGAACGCUGCAGCCCACCUGGUUUACAACCUUCCCAAGUUCUCCCAUGUCACCCUGCUCAUCCGCACACUCCACUGGCUUCCAGUUGAAGCUCGCAUCCUCUAGAAGACCAGGGUGCUUACCUACAUAGCAGCAAGAGGAUUUGCCCUUCCCUACCUUCAGGGUAUUCUCAAAUGCUACACCCCAACCCAAGCACUCCGUUCUGCCACCUCUGGUCUCUUGGCCCUCCCACCCCAGUCCAAGUUCUUCUGUCCUGGCACCCCAA